GUGCGAGGUGCGCGAGAGCGGAAGUGGAUGGCGCGGAGCGGAGCGCGAGGCUGCGUUCUGUAGCAUCGCGGAAUCUCACGAGCUGCUGCUGCUGCUGCGGGGGGCAGUCGGGGCACGAGGGGGCAGUUAGUGCCCCGCGCGCGCGCGCGCAGGCAUGGAGGCUCGGCGCGCGGUGACGUGGGGACCGAUGGAGCUGCAGUGAGGAGGAGGAGGAGGAGGAGGGUGAGGAGGAGGAGGAUGAUCUUCAUGCUGAUCGGCGCUGCUGUGGUGAUGGCCAUCGCGUGCUGCCUGGACAUGAACGCGCUGCUGGACCGCUUUCACAACUACAUCCUGCCGCACGUGCGCGGGGCGGAUCGCGUGUGUCACUGCACCUGUGGCAGAGACCGAGUGCAGUAUGUGAUCCCGUAUGAAGGCUCCAGCUCGCUGGACAGGGACGGGCCAGCAGGGGGCAGCAGCGUCACUAAGCAAGAAAUGGACCUGGUUCUGGGGCUUCUCCUGGGCUUUUUAAUCAGCUGGGUUCUGCUUUGGCUGGACGGAGUGCUUCACCGGGUUCUGCGGGCCUGGAGAACCCGGCAGCAGCAAGAUGCGUGGCGCUCGUGGAAGUGGGUGACCCGUGUGUGUGACGUGAGGGAGCUGCACCGGCGGCUGCAGCUGCGCAGGCCGGAGGAAACCGGAGGAAACAACGUGGUGCAUAUCAAACAGAAACAUUACCAUAACGGACACCCGAGCCCACGCAGACUCUAACGCAGACACGCCCCCAGCAGGUCCCCGAGCGACGCGCCGGUCUGCAGCACGGUGUGGCUCUCAAACAGCUCAACGUCUUGUGCUCCCAUAACACUCAGGCAGCUAGUGCUGUGCUAACUAGCACAUCGAGCGUCACGGUCAGUAGGAUCGUCAGCGCUGAAGGAUGAUCUGAGGCCUCCUGCAGGGCUGAACAUGCUGCCCCUCAGACUUUAAACACAUUAACGGCUGCGUGAGUUUAGCUCUGUGACUAUCAUGAGUGGCUCCUGAGGACGGAAACAGCUCGAGCUCAAAUACACACACGUCACUCGGCGCUAGAGAACCUGCAGAGAGGAGAAUUCCCGCUCUGUAAUGUCUUCCGGGUUUCUCAAACACUAGAGGGCGCUCCCGAGCGAGUCCAACAUGAAUGGGUUAAGAUGGAGCUUUCGAGCAAAAUCAUAGUUUAUAAACGCUGAAACAUUUUUAAUGUAAAAUAAUAAAAUCUGAAAACAGACCAGCAUAAAACACCUGAGCACCGCAGUUAUUUUUAAGAGCUUUUAAACUCGAGCUAUAGUUUAAAACGGCGCCUCAUGUAUGUUCCUGACAUCCGUGAAUGUGAACAGCCAAUGAGCUGCUCCGCUCACCAGCCAAUCAGCACUCAGGAGCAGUAAUGUUAGCGUUCUGCUGCCCAAAAUCCAUUUGCUGUAGAAAUAAAUGAAACAUACAGGUGAGAUUUCUCUGCUUUUUCUUUCUAAAAUGAAGGGAAAGUUCUUUAGCCGUAUAGCUCCAUUCAUCGAGGACUUGCGAGCAGGUGCCCUCGGGUGUUUUGCAGUCCCGUUUUUGAUAUAAUAGGGGAAAUAGGAAGUGGCCAGACUCCUCAUAAACUGGAUCUGUCGCCCCCGCCCUCUAAAG